AUGGCCUAUGCUGAGGAAGACAGAAACAGCUACGAGGUGUACAAGGAGACAGCAGAGUGGCUGCGUGCCCGUGCUGCGCAGCGGCCCAGGGUCGCCAUCGUCUGCGGCUCUGGGCUGGGAGGUCUGGCUGAUGUGCUGGAAAACAAGACAGAAUUCCUGUACGAGGACAUCCCCCACUUCCCACGGAGCACGGUGGCAGGGCAUGCUGGCAGAUUGGUGUUUGGGGAGCUGAAGGGACAGCCCUGUGUGUGCAUGCAGGGGCGUUUCCACUCCUACGAAGGCUACUCCUUCAGCACGGUCACCUUUCCCAUCAGGGUGUUCUUUCUCCUGGGGGUGGAGAUCUUGAUUGUCACAAAUGCUGCUGGAGGACUGAAUCCCCACUUCCAAGUGGGGGACAUCAUGUUCAUAAGGGAUCACAUCAGCUUGUUUGGCUUGGGAGGGCAGAAUCCCCUGCGUGGACCAAAUGAUGAGAGGUUUGGAGUGAGGUUUCCCUGCAUGUCAGAUGCUUAUGAACAAGACCUGCUUGGCCUGGCAAUGGAGAGUGCCCAGGAGCUGGGGUUGCUGAGCUUCACCAGGGAGGGAGUGUACUGCCUGCUGGCCGGGCCCUGCUACGAGACCAUCGCCGAGUGCCGCCUGCUGCAGGCGCUGGGAGCCGACGCUGUGGGCAUGAGCACUGUCCCAGAGGUGAUUGUCGCCAGGCAUUGUGGCCUCCGAGUCCUUGGGAUCUCCCUCAUCACCAACAAAGUGGUGAUGAGCUGCAGCAGCCAGGAGAAGGCCAACCACGAGGAAGUGCUGCGCAUCUCGGUGGUCCGGGCCGAAGCCCUGCAGAGACUGGUCACACACCUCCUUGGGAAGCUGGGGGAAAGCACAAACUCUCCAUGACCUCCAGCCAUUAGUCCUUCAUAUCAUAAUGUGUGUGAACACUACCAAGUGCUGGGGGAGAGCUGUUGGUGGGACU